UCUAACAGUGGGGAUAUGGCAGCGUAGAGGCGAGGCGGGAGGACGAUGUCGACGGUGGGGAGCUUGGAAUUGCAAGGCUUAGGCCGUCCCGGGCCGCUUACGCGGAACACGCGGCUGAAGCCGCGGCGCCGGCAUUACGUCGCGCACCGUCGACCGCGACUGACGUUGUUGUAAUCGUGUCUCAUUCCCAACACACACUCCACUCCAACGCGCUGUGUUUACUCGAAUUUAUAAACGAAGCUAACCGACGAUCGUGUCUGCGACGCGAUAUCGAAUAUCCGUCGCAAAAAGUGAAAGUUCUUUUUUCCAGUCGUUGCACCAACCGUUAUUACUGAAACGAAAACAUCGGCGAAACUGUCGUAAUCUGUCGUAACCUGUCGGAGCUUCGAAUCCGGUUAGAAACGUGUUGCGUCAUUGACGAGUGAUUAUGUAGAUCGAUAAUGAAUCUUCGAUAGAUCGUGCAUCGAUUGAAGGAGUGACACCUCGCGGACUAACAGUGCAUUAGCAGGGGAGAAACAGUUUUUUAUUGGAGGUGUUACGUCGUUAUUCGAUAGUAUUGUUAUGGCCCAUGGCGUUGGCGGGAAACGAACGAGCUAGGAGCUGCCAUCAUGGAACUUGGGGAAGUUUCAAGAACGCCAAGGAUAGUUCGUAUGUGUUGUGAGAUACGAUGAACCUGUUGGUAAGUAUCCUGGAUUGCCGUCGCGUGGACCAGAAGCGGAAAAGCAGCUGCUGGAGGAGAAGUUACUGGUAGCAGCCAGGAAAAGAAGGCAGCGGGUUCCGGUGGUGUGCAUAGAUCGAGGAGGCAAGUGAAAUCACGACGUCUUGCUCGGAGGGUGCGUGUUUGGGCGACGAGGGGCGGCUACUGGCCGAUGGGAUGCAUCUACCGGUGGGUUCCGUGGGCUGCGGGGAAAAUUACGCCACCGUUGGAUCCCACGAAGGCGCCGGCCCGUGCGGCCCCUCACUGGCGCCUCUCCAGGGGGUGAACAUCAGGUACCAGCAGGCCGACGACGCCGACGCCGGGGGUGGAGGUGGCGAGAUGAGCGAGGGUGCCGCCGUCGGCGAGCUGUGGUGGACCGAGAGACUCGUCGGCGAGGCACAAGCUGAACACCCUGGUGAAUUAGUACGAACAGGAUCACCGUAUUUUCUCUGCAGUCAACUGCCAACUCACUGGCGUUCCAACAAGACGCUUCCGGUGGCGUUCAAAGUUGUUGCUCUGGGCGAAGUCGUCGAUGGAACUCUGGUGACAGUACGAGCGGGUAACGACGAGAACUGUUGCGCUGAACUAAGGAAUUCCACUACGUUAAUGAAGAACCAAGUCGCCAAGUUCAACGACCUAAGGUUCGUUGGGAGAAGUGGCAGGGGUGAGUAUGUUAAACAAUUGUUUCCUUAACUUUUCUUUCUUUCUUUCAAGUGUUUAUUUCAUUAAGUUCUUAUUGCUGAAUUAAAGUUCAUAGUAAUAUAAGAUAUAAACUUUUGAAACUAAUAUCUUACAUCAAAAUCAUAAUCACUUAUAAAUGCAAACUUCUUUUAAGAUUCUACAUUUAAAAAAAAAGCAUGUCAGCUAAUGGUUCGAUCAAAGAUACAGAUAAACGAUCAAAGCACGAGGCAACUGAUUAAACGAGCCAAUACAGAGAGUUAGUUUUGAGGUUUCGAAUGUCAUCGUCAGUGGCAGUUUGCUUUGUAAGUCGUUGAAAAAGCAGCCAGUAAAUUAUCUACACGAGAGAGGCGCGUACCGUGAUUUCGAACCCCCUAAAAGCACGGUUAUUGUAAUCAUCAUCGUCAUCAACUGGCUUCAACCCCGCUUGACUCGUCUCUCGCUUUUAAACCCUCCGCAUCCGCGAGUUCCCUCGCAUCCCGCCGCCCCCAGAGUCAUUACUCGAUGUCCGCUGGUAGCCCCGACCUAGCAUCCGAAACAACUGGCCGUUAAUCAGAAAUCAUCGUCCGUCGGCCAGAGAAAAAGAGGUUAAAUCUCGAAAAUCAAGUAAAUUCGAUCAAUGUUCUUAUCCUCAUUCUAAAAGAACAACGUUAAUCUUUUUUAUUUAUUUAUUCUUCAAUUUUUAGUUCAUUUAUUUAUUUUGUUGAUUUAGUGUAUUCUUAGCUCUUUUGAUUAACUUCAAAGCUUCAGAAAUUAAUCGAGGAGCUUUCUAA